CGAUGCGGGGAAGCCUUCUGCUGAUACGGCCGAUACGGGCCGCGCGCGUUGGCUGGGGGCGGUGGGAAGCCGCCGCAAGAUCAAAGUCCGUCUAGCCGGUGGCCGCUUGGACGGAGGAGCACCCGAAGCAUGGUGUCUUCAAGGGUGGCCGCUGGCGGCACGGCUGCAUGGGGGGGCUGACACCACGGUGGCUGCGAAGGACUCCCGGGGCCUCUGCGGCGGUCAAGUGCCUGGCGCUCCUCUCCUUCGGCUCCUUCGUCUGGCUCCAGACGCGCGUGUCCGACCUCGGGGGUGGGGCCGGCGUUGUUGAGGACGGCUCCGCCUCCCUCGGCAACCAGUCGUGGGCGGGGCUACUCCAGAACGCCAGCCGGGAGCAGGAGAUCCUGCGGGAGUACGUCGGACAGCUCAACGACGCGCAGUUUGUGCACAACCUGGACGAGUAUGGGCCCCUGCUGCCUGGGGACCCCGUGGUGGUGGUGCAAGUGCACAACAGGUGGCACUACCUGUUGUCACUGCUCGACUCUCUGCGCGGUGCCGCGGGAAUCAACCGGACGCUCCUCAUCUUCAGCCACGACGAGCACAGCCCAGUUGUCGAGAGCCUGCCCAUCAAGGCGAACUUCUGCAAGAUGAUGCAGAUCUUCUAUCCGCGUGCCAUCCAGCUCUAUCCCCUCGAGUUUCCCGGGACCGACCCAAAGGACUGUCCUCGCAACAUUGGCAAACAGGAGGCUAGGAAGCUUGGCUGCAACAACGCCGAACAUCCGGACUCCUUUGGCCACUAUCGGGAAGCCAAGUUCUCUCAGACCAAACAUCACUGGUGGUGGAAGAUGAACCGCAUCAUGGAUGGGCUCAACAUUACGCGUAACCACUACGGGCCGUUCAUUCUGCUCGAAGAGGACCACUAUGUGGCGCCGGACUUCUUGCAUGUGCUCCGCCUCAUGGAAGCAGCGCAACCAAACCACAAGGAAUGUUCCAUGCUGGUUCUGGGUACUUAUGUCAAGUCCUUCAACUAUCACAUCACUGGAAACCAUGUGGAGAUCGCAAAGUGGGAAUCAAGCAAGCACAACAUGGGAAUGGUCCUCUACCGGAACCUUUGGUCUGCGAUCAAAAACAACUGCUCCAACAUGUUCUGCCGCUUCGACGACUACAACUGGGACUGGUCCCUGUACCGGCUGAGCAUGAUCUGCCUCUCGGCGCCCAUUCACGUGAUGGUGGUCAAGUCCACACGUGUCUUUCAUAUCGGAGAGUGCGGUGUGCAUCACAGAAGCAAGAACUGCUCCAGCCAGAAGAUGGCCCAACAGGCACGCAACGUGAUCGGCUCUGCCCGAUCUUAUCUCUUUCCCAAGAGUCUGCAGGUGAAGCGGGGCGUGCAGCGCAAUCUGAAGCCCCCCAAGGGCAACGGAGGCUGGGGUGACGUGAGGGACCACCAGCUCUGCAUGAACAGCUCGCGCACCACCUCGAGGUAGCACCAGCCGCCGCCCACGAUCACCCACUCGCUCGUUCUCUAAAGCCCAGUUUUCUCCAGUUAUAGACCCUUUUCGAAAGUCGGGGCCAUCUAGUGGCAGCAGUAAGAGCUCUAAUAUAUCUGCACUAAUGGCGGGGAUAAAAGAACAAGAUGGCCUAACAUCGAGCACCCUCGACUUUGUGAGUCGAAGGCGACGUAGAAUGACCGACUUGUCGGAAUCGAUGCAGAGCGCAAGUUUGUCUGCUUCUUUUGCUGGGGUUGUGGUGAUGUCAGAAUGCCGAGCUCCGAUUGGUUUUGAUUGGAAGGAUUGUGGGUAGACCUCAAGGCAGCUUGCUUUGAGGUCUACCCACUAUCCUUCAAUCGGAGCCAAUCGGAGCUCGGCAUUCUGACGUCACCACAACACCCGCAAAAGAAGCGGACGAACUUGCACUUCACAUUGACCGCUUUCUGCUCUAUGCUUUCAAAGUUGUUCGUUUUUUCCAGUGCAAAGAAGUUAGAGAGUCGGAUUUGGCUCUGGACACGGCGGGUGAACGCACUCUUGAAAAGGGUCUAUUUUUUGGGGCGUGCUUGUCGCGCUUUGGUUUGCUCACUAGUACCCACCGGAAACGGAGUCGCCAGACUGCCUGCGAGAGUGGGUGAAAGGAAAAGGAAUUGCCAGACAGUCCAUGAGAGUCGGGGGGCCAAAGGCAAGUCCGCCCUCUUGCCAGUUGCAAUUAGGGACGUCACAAACUUUUCUUUAACCUCGAGUUGUGACCGGUUCGGCGAACGUUUCAACUUUCCGCAAAUUUCUACGAAGUUUGGCUUCCGAGUAGUAGACUGUUCGUCCUACUUCACCUUGUACACCAGAUACGCUCGGUGCACGCUGCCACAUUCAAUUUAAGAGUGCAGCUUAUUUAAAGACACGUUGGAUGUACACUGCCUUGCACCUUUCUGCACCGGUGUAGGCCGGUGCGGGUAAAACGAACGAGCCCAGCAUUGCUCGACUUCUUAACAAAAAUUUCAAUUGUUUGGGAAGAAUAAUUUAUGUGCAGUGGUUUGUUUUAAAGUUUAUGCGCUAUAAAAGCAAACCCAUUUAAUGAUUUAGUUUGCUCGUUAAUGUGAAACAGUACAAGCAAUACACAUAAAAAACAUUGCACCCCCUCUCUGCCAGGUUGCACGAGCUUGUUUUCGAUUUUCGCGCGUUUAGAUAAUAGUCAAACUUCGGUCGAACAUUCGUCGAACUUUGCGUUUAAAAUUCAGAAAAGUGUAACCUAGUCGAACUCGAAUCACGGCAGGUUUGUGAUGUCCCGAUAGUUCCGACCCAUGAAACCGCGAAAACCCGACACUUCGGCAAAAUGAGAAAAAAAAAAAAAAAAAAAAAACUAAAGGCGGUCAUUUUAUUUAUUUGCAUGAGGUUGUGCAAACUUUUGCGUUCUUUAGUCGCUUUCGAACAAUGUGCUCUUUAUUGUUUUUAUCAAAGUUGAAGCAAUCGAAAUGCAUUUCCACGCACGUCCGCUACAAAAGUAGAAACAAUACGAUCUUGUAAAUGCCUCGGAAUAUUAAGACAAAUGGGCAAAGUGUCAGCGACGUGAGUGCCAUUGAGAUUUCUAGUCAAUCGGACAUAGAUUGUACAUUUUAGACCCUAAAUUGCUAAGCCUUCUAGCUGCGUGGUUCCUGCCUCUCAAUUUGGUGCAGCAAUGCAAUAAUUUGCUUCUAACUUCAACCUCUCGCUUUACACAGCCACCUCGUCUUGCCGUCGUAGUCUCGGGUUUUUAGGGCAUUCGACCUUUCGCCACUUCGGCUGGUUCCGCAGCAUUUGGUCGGCGACUCCAAGCACAGUCGUCGUCAUCAGAACGUCACUUUAAUGAAAGCGACGACGUGACUCGUUAAGUGGGCAUCCCAUUACAACAGCCAGCCAUUUUCUCCGUUAAGAGAAUGAUCCUCGUUGCUGCCUGUGCUGGCCUGACUGGUCGGUGUAGUUCUGUUUCUUACGAGAGUGUAAUAUGAUGUCUGACAUUCUUCUGUAGGACUGUAACCGUGUCACACUCACCUUGUCACAAGGGCUGGGAAUAAUUUUUUUGUGGCAGAGCGUCUUUUGGACGAGACAAUGCGCAGUCAUCGCAGGAAGUCUCAUUGGUGUGUUCGACGACGCCAGUUUUGAUUCGUGACCAAGCUGAAUUUGUGUUUUUCUUUUACUAGAUUAGUGUCUCCAUGGGGUUGAGAGUUGCAACUUCUCGUGGCCGAAAACUCUGUAAUAGCAACCCUGCGUAGUGGACGGAAUGCUGCGAGUAGUUGGAUCACGAAGUCGUGCUCGAACGUGUACGGGACCCAAGGAGAAUGUUUUUGUUGCUUGUGAACGUUCGAUGUACAGUCUUUUCGUUGACUGCAAGCAUUCCCACUUCCUUCGGUAGCACGAUAGUACUAUUUAUAUGCCAGCAUCUAUAUUUUUGAGCUGACCUGUCCGGAAGCAGACGACGGUCGUUUCCUGUCUCUCAAUUUUCGUUUGUAUACCAAAGUUUUCCCAAGGCGUUACACCAGAGUUACGAGCUGCGGCUCGUAUCUCACCCUCUUAAUCUUUUCACGCCCGGCACUCGUUUGUACACGUUUUAACGACUGCCGGGAUCGGAGAGCCCACCAUUCGUAAGAUGUGUUUCUUGGAUUUCGUGACGCGUAGUCACUAUUCCUUGUGCCCUUCCUUAGGUUCUUUCCCUCCAUGUUGCACUUAGUAGUAUUAUGUGCAGCGAAAACCCUUUUAAGGCACGUUUGUAAGUGUAAUAUCUUCGUCUGUCGUUGAACUACAGAGGUUUCUCCACUUGGGUGUGUUGUUCACUUGUUUUGACGUUUGCACCGUGUACCCUAGUCUUAUGUUCCUAAAGAAUUGUACAAGAAUUUGGACAAACAGUAGUAAUUAUCCUAGUCGUCGCGCCUGGCACGCCCGCUAGUCAUUGUGUACCCUUCCCCCCCAGUCAGCAGUUUGCCAAAUGCUUAGUCACAUUUUUUUUCCCCUUUGCGGAGAAAAAUUUUUAAUUGCUUAGUUUAGAGCAGAGUUUUGUUUGUUCUUGUGGGAGAGUUUGUGUGCGUGAAUGCUAAGUUGUUGCGAGAAUGUUAGAGUGUAUUUCUUCUUUUUACGAUUGCCGCGCUCGACGCAAUUUUGUCGGGUUCGUCGAUCGGAACAUUUAGCUCGCUGGUUUUAGUCUUUAACCGGGUGGUCCGAAAUUUUCUGCGGGCGUUAUACGUAGCGGGACGUCUCCGGUCGUCGUCACUUAGGAGCAUCUUUUCGAGUUUGUCGUACGCCACUUUAGGUUUCCAAAUGUACCGCUUGCGAGUAGAGUGCCAUAUGUUGCUUCGUGUUACCGAACGUCGUGGUUUCUGUAUACAUUUGGGGCUUGUCGUAGGUUAAGCUGAUGUGGCCACUUGGAUGUAAUUGAAUUCCACCGUGCCUUUAUUGCAAGCUCGAGACGGAGUUAAGGUUGUUCGUUCUGCAGUUCGUCAUUGCUUCGGCGGUCCGAAGCCGCAGACGGGGGACGCGUUUUUUGUGCACCACCCUGCGAGUACACCCCACACCCUCUUGCACACAGUGUCAUGGGUGGAGUCGCUCCCAGCUUUGUAGUUUCAAGAGGCACCCGGGAAGUCGGGUGCACACUACGUACGCGAAAUAAAGAAAAACGCUUCGGCAGUUUGCCGCGCACGGCAAGCGACACGCGAUUUCACCAGCUCAAAGUCGAGGCGGUCACUCCAGAAGUUGCGCGUUGUUGUAGAGGAAAAGGCUCCACCUAGUGGAUAAACUGCUGCUUGGUCAGCGGUUGAUUCGCGAAAAGAAAAUUUCGUAUAAGAGCGGCGAAGCGAGACAUGCUUGUAAGCACAGCAAUUUUUACGGUGAUGUAGAGUAGUUGGUGUCGUCCGUUGGUGUAGUACAAAGAGCAACCCCCCCCCUCACAUUUUUGCCAAAGCACUAGAAGGUAACCUUGCGUUUGUUUCGUCUACGGACUGACGUUUAUAAGGCCGUAGGUGGCCAUUUUGUUAUCUCUUUUUUGAUUCCGAUUAAAUGUGUGUGCAAUUUUGUUUGCGUGGCAUGUUGGAGUGCGUUUGUGUCUCCCAAUUUGGAAGUAUAUGUAACGUUUUUCCUAUUUCGAAGAGCAGACAAUUACCAAAGUUUCGGUUGCUUAUUUAUUUGGAGUGUCGUUCGUUGAGAAGUGUGCAGCUCGCACCCAAGCCACAACAAACCGGGCAAACCCAUUUGUGGAUCUGUAAGUGGUCUUGAGCGUCGUCUAUUAAAUGUUUUUCAAGGUUCAAAAA